AUGUCCGACUACAUCGUAGGGGGCCUCGCGGCUGCCUUUGCCCCGGUCGCCAUGCUGACCCUCGAGAAGUUUGCUCCUUCACACGUCGGCAAGGGAGGAUUCCCCAAGGUCCUUCGUCUAGCCGGUGCUAUCGGUCUCACCGGUGGUUUCCUCAUCUUCUACCAGCGCUCGAGCCUGCGAUUCUACGGCGCCACAGAAAACGCCCGCGAGGUUGAACUCGACAUGAGGGAAAUGGUGGACAAGGUCAAGAAGGGCGAGUCUCUGUACGGCGAGAGUCAGCUCACGCCCCACAUGCAGGGCAUCGCUGCCCGCCAGAGCAGGUACUCUGCCCUCUUCAUGGGUGUGGUCCCCUGGUUCAACUUUGUCAACCACAACCAGCAUGGCGUCGACACAGCCAAGUACUACCAGCAGGCUGAGAGGGAGCUCGAGGCCGAGGGAAAGGCCAAGGCGUGA